AUCUCACAAGCUUCCAGCUACACGAUCUCGACUCAGUCGAGCUUCCACCGAGUCUGACCGAGUUGGACCUCACCGCCAAUCGACUCUCCACCUUGGACCUCCGGAUUGCCCACCUUUCCAACCUCAGGAAGCUCUCUCUCCGCCAGAACCUCUUACACAGCCGCCACACCCAUUUCUCAGCCUACUCUCUCUCUAGAUCGAGAGGCCAUCCUUCUUCUUCAACAAGCCAGCAGUGCCGCCGUUUGCAUAGACCUCCAUCGCGGCUUCAAGCAACACCGCCGAAGACCCAACCAUCAACUUGUUGCAGCUUCGACAGUCGUAGGCGUCGUGGCCCAAGCUGCCACUCACCUUCGGUGCUUCUCUUCAGUGUAACGAGCAGCUCCUCACAGACCCAAACACAUCGGAGCUCCAUUCCUACUGAUCGUAGCUCUCUCAAAUCUAUGGAGCUUGAGAAUGCCAUCACAGAUCGACGAGUGCUUGUUCUCAAUCUUAGAUCUGUAGUCUUUGAUCUCCGACCUCGGAUCUGAGUUUAACCACUAUGACUCCGCUGUCACGCGAAUCAACAACGGCUAGUCGUCGGAGUCGCUGAAGUUGUCUCUUCUGCCUUAAAUCGCCUCAGAUCGUCAACAGCAUUCUCAAGCUGGUGUGUUUUACUCUCUAGUUGAGAGAGUCUUGCACUGAGCCCAUCCACCACAUGUAACAGAAUCAAUGUAGUUCAUAGAACUGGAAUUUCUGACAAGGGAAGGGC